AUUUUUAAGUGAACUGUCUGAUGAUUUUGUUUUUACAUCGUCCUUACAAAUGGGUAUAUUACGGUUUUUUUGUAAGUCAUCAUUAGGAUUUUAAAGAAUGAAUAUCAUUGGUAAAAGAAUACGGACUGUUUAUCCAACAGUCAUAGGAAGUCGUGAGACAAUUUUUACUCUAAUAUCGAAAAGAAAGUCAACUUCAUUUCAUCAUGAAAACACAAAAGCUAAGAAUUCUUUUUUUGGCAUUUUAAAACCAAAAGAAAACAAAAUCGUAUUUAGACCGCAAGUUUUGCUGUAUCCAAGCAAUAUAGCAGGGGCAUACAGAAAAUCGAUUUCUCAUGUUACUUUGCGUUUAAGUGCACUACAGCAGCUUGAUAACAAAUCAAUCAGAAAUAAGCUUUUGAAAUUUUUAGCUUAUAUAUUUGCGGGUGUAGGCACAUUUUAUGUGACCAAUGGCUCCCUACAAGCAGCAGUCCCUGCCAGUAUAUCACAGCGCAAUUUCAUCGCAGAUAUUGUUGAAAAAGCUGGACCAGCUGUGGUUUUUAUUGAGAUAAAGGGCAGACACCCUGUGAGUGGCAAGAGAGUGACUUUUGCAAACGGCUCUGGAUUCAUUGUGCGCCAGAAUGGCCUCAUCUUAACCAAUGCUCAUGUGGUGGCCAACAAAUCCAAAGUUAGUGUUAAGCUUCACGAUGGCUCAACCUAUGAGGGGACAGUGACUGCUGUUGAUCCUGUCUGUGACCUGGCCACAGUCAAGAUAGAAACCGAGAACAAACUUCCUGUGAUUCCACUGGGCAAGUCCUCAACCAUAAGACCUGGUGAGUUUGUGGCAGCUAUGGGCAGCCCCUUGUCCCUACAUAAGACUGUGACUAUCGGUAUUGUAAGCAGCCACCUCCGCGGCAGUAGGGAGCUGGGCAUGAACAACAAUGACAUGGAGUACAUACAAACUGAUGCAACUAUCGGAUUGGGUAAUUCAGGUGGACCUCUGGUUAAUCUGGAUGGAAGAGCUAUCGGCAUAAAUACCUUAAAGCUGACUGAGGGAAUAUCCUUUGCCAUCCCAUCAGACUAUGCUCUGCCCUUGCUAGAGAAGGCUGAUUCUUUGGCAAGUAAAGCUGGUGCCAACAAAAAGCCCAACUACCUUAAUAAUGGCAAAGAGACAUCAAAACGUAGAUAUAUGGGCAUCACCAUGCUGCCACUUACUGCUCCCAUCAUCCUGGAGCUGAAGGAGAAGAUCCAGGAAUUCCCAGAGAUCACUGGGGGAGUGUACAUCCACAAAGUUGUUGUUAGUUCACCAGCUUAUGUUGGUGGACUCCAUGCUGGGGACAUCAUUGUUGAGAUCAAUGGGGCCAAGAUUGUGACGGCCACAGACGUGUACAACAUGGUGGAGAAGUCUGACAUGCUGCGGGUCACUGUCAUCAGGGGCAGACACACUGAGAGGUUCUCCGUGGUAACAGAAGCUCUCUGACCCC